UCUUGCGGCAGCCUCCAUCCCGCGCGGUCCCUUCCCUGUCAAUCAUGGCUAUCUCCUCCCCCUCCCCUCGCUUCCACCUCUCCCUUCACCUCCAAAACCCCAACCCAUCCCCCAACCAGAAGCCCCGCCAGACGCCGUCCACGGAGACGCUCCGCCGUCGUCUUCUCCGCAAGGGUGUAUCCCCGACGCCCAAGAUCCUCCACACCCUCCGCAAGAAGGAGGCUCACAAGUCGCUCCGCCGCGCGAGGAAGGAUACCUCCACAGCCAAUGCGCCGCCGACGACGGAGGACUCUCUCGUGGCACAAGAGGAGGCCCGCUUCCGUGCGGCCGCCGAGGAGUACCGCGUUCUCAUGGGCCGGCCCUGGGACGGCGCCAGCAGCGCUUCGGGCCCGCCGCGCGGGACCACCGGCAACGAGGGGCUCGGUGGUUUGCGGGAGAUGCUUGAGGCGAGGAGGAGUGACGGAGUCCGGUGGCUUCUGGAGGACGACGUUGAGAAAGGCGAGGCGGACGAUGCCAAUCGAAAGCAGAGGCGUGUCGGCUCCGGCUGGAUUUCGGAGGUGGGGGACGAGGAGAGGAGGAUUGAGCUGCUGGUGAGUAGGCUCAGUGAAGGGGACCUAAGUUUGGGUGAUUGGAGGCUUAGUAGAAUGAUGAAACAAGCUGACCUCAUAUAUAAUGAAGAUAAUCUACUACAAAUACUCAAAAGGCUUGAAACACAAGGAAACUGGAGGCAGGCUGUUGCUGUUACUGAGUGGGUGUACAAUGAGAACACUUACAAGCAUCGUAGAAGCAGGUUUGUGUAUACGAAGUUACUGUCAAUCCUUGGGAAAUCGUUGGUACCGACUGAAGCACUUCGAGUUUUCAAGAUCAUGCUGGGAGAUGCUCAAAUAUACCCUGAUAUGGCUGCAUACCACAGUAUCGCUGUUACACUUGGCCGAGCUGGCCUUCUUAAUGAGCUAAUUAAGAUAAUAGAUUAUAUGAGACAGAAGCCUUCAAAAAGGGUAAUGAGGAUGCGACGUAAAGAUUGGGAUCCUUUGUUGGAGCCGGAUCUUAUCAUUUAUAACUCUGUUCUUAAUGCAUGCGUACUAUCACAGCAGUGGAAAGGGGUAUUUUGGGUGUUUAAGAAAAUGCGAUUUGGUGGAUUGACACCUACAGGAGCAACAUUUGGGUUGGCAAUGGAGGUUAUGCUUAAAGCCAAGAAGUAUGACUUUGUCCAGAAGUUUUUUGAAAAGAUGCAGAGAAAAGGAGUACCUCCAAGAGCGAUAACUUAUAAAGUGCUAGUAAGAGCCUUUUGGGAGCAAGGGAAAGUAAAUGAGGCAGUUGAAGCAGUUGAAGACAUGGAACAAAGAGGAAUUGUUGGAGCUGCAAGUGUGUACUAUGAACUAGCUUGCUGUCUUUGCAAUAAAGGAAAGUGGAAAGAGGCCAUGUUACAGGUUGAGAAGUUGGAACAGCUUCGCCUCACUAAACCACUGGAGUAUGUAUUUACUGGCAUGAUCUUAGCCUCUUUUGAUGGUGGAUAUAUGUCUGAGUGUAUCUCUAUAUUUGAGUCAAUGAAGGACUACUGUGCUCCAAAUAUUGGGACUAUAAAUGUCAUGCUAAAAGUGUAUGGACGUUCUGAUAUGUUUGUGAAGGCAAAAGACUUGUUUGAAACCACCACAUGUAGCUUUUCUAGUUCUCAGCCAUAUAUAUGUGAUCAUUCAACACUUCAAGCAGAUGCAUAUACUUACAGCUCUAUGCUUGAAGCAUCUGCACAUGCCCAACAGUGGGAGUAUUUCGAAAAUGCGUACAGACGGAUGAUUCUUUCUCAUCACCAUCUAGAUCAAAGUAAAUAUUCAUGGUUGCUCAUCAAGGCAUCCAGAGCUGGAAAGGUGCGUUUAUCAUCUACUAUCUCGAUAACAAGAGAAAUGAAUAAAUCACCUAAGCCCUAUUUGCUGGAGCAUGCACUUAACUCGAUACUUGACAGAGGAGAAACCCCUGAUGUACAGCUGUUCACUGAAAAUGUUUGCCAAACUAUUGCUCACAGUGACUAUGGAAGGACAUUGUGUCUCCUGAAUUUUAUGUCUGCGGCUUCAGUUGAUGUCAAUGAGCUGCAAUGGAGCGACCUACUUCAGCAAAAUAUGUUUCGAUUCAGUGUGAAUGCGCUGAAAGACCUUUUAAUGCACCUCAGUACUGGUGAUACCAUCGAAAGAGAUCCUGCACUUAGUUUCGUAAGAGCAUUGCAAUCCCAAUAUGCUACAUUUGUGGAGAAGGAUACAUCUUUUUUGGCUGAUUGUGGUGAUACUGAAGCGCUUCUAUUAGAUAAAUUUUCAAACAGCAAUCUGAUGGAACAAGAUCUCUCUUGCAACAACUCGUUGGACACGAGUAUAUUUCCUGAAGAGAAAGGUAGUAAUGAAUUCUCUGACUGCAGUACUAAUAUCCCUGAAGUGUGUCCCUUACCUAGCUUGGGUGGGGACAUUGUACUGUGCGGUUCUCAUCUUGGAAACAAAGAAAAUCUUGGGCAUUGGAGCACAAAAGUAUCUGCAAUUGAAGAAGUGCUUGAUUGCAUGAACCCAUAUGGUAAUAAUACUUCGUAUGAAGAGAUGCCAGCAGCAGCAGAAAUUCUUGAAUUAUGGGAACAGGAGAGUUUAAAUGACAUAUUUGGUCGGAAAAAUGAAAGCACAGCAACUAUGAGAGGAUAAACAAAGCGCUUGCAAAAUGGCAAGUAUAGUUUGGUGUUACCAGUGUGAUUGUCACAUCAAAGACUGGGCUGGCCUUGUUAACACGGAACCUCUAGUGUUACCAGUCUGGAUAUUUGUUUGCACAAAUGUUGAUAAGUGUUUCUCAGGAGGUAAAUGCUAGUGCAUGUCUGUGAUACUCUAGGCCUUCCUCGGUUAGCCCCAGCCUGGCAGGGCUUGCGGCUUAGGAGUUGUUUGGUUGGUGCCCCCAACCAGCCAUGCCAAAAGAAUUGGCAGUUUAUACUUGUUUGGUUUGUUACUAAAAUUUUUGGUUGUCAAUAUGGUUAUAUCAUCACUCCCACAAA